AUGUUCUCCGGAACUUUCUCAAAACAUGGAAAAGGGUUAGCUCGCCUAUUAAGAGGACGCACUGCCUCGACUGGGUGUCUAACGGUUCUUAUUGCAAUCUUCUUUCGAAAAUCUUAAUACUGAAAAUUCAGAAACUCCCUAAGAACCUCUCCAAAACCCAACAGCGCAAUAUCAUAUUCAAAAUGGGAAAUGAAACGCCUGCGCGGAUAGUUGGAUAUUAUGUGAUGUGAGUUGAGGAAAAAGCUAACUCAUCAAAAAAGGAGGAUAUUUUAGAUUUCCCGUCAUCCCUGACGAAACUGUCGAAAAUAAUUCAUUCAUCUACAAUAUCGCGAAGAACGAAGAUUGGCCAAAACUGGCAUCUGCUACACCAAAGGUUCUUUUUUUUUGCAAAAAGGCUUCCAGAAAUCAAAAUAUUUUUGAGGAAAUGUAUGAAGGUACUGUGAGAAUGUUGAUGGACUACGGAGCUACUGUGAUGGAGCAUUUGGAGCAUCUUGCCAAAGGUUUUUUUAUGUAUCAUUAUCUUUUUUGACGAAGGUAACAGCGAACGUGCUGAGUUACAAAAAUACAAAUUCAGCUGGAAACAAAUCACUCAUAUUUUAUGGACAGUGAAUAACCCGCUUCUAACUGAAAUCAUGAGCAUAAAUUCCCGAAUUUCCUAACUUUCCUUUUUUAUUCUUAAUUGAAUUAUUACUUCAUUUCUAGUGAAUCCGGACCAGCAAACGUUCGAAAAUGUAGUGGAACCGCUUCUGACCGAGGAAUACGAGGUGAACUACGCGUUCCAGACUUUGGUCCUCAAGAUGCUCACCGAUUGGCCCGACUGCAACAGGAAGCUUUUCGAUGCAGACCUUCAUCAUGUGAGCUGAACAAGAGGAUUCCUAAUUUUAUUAUCAUUAUUUAGAAAGUCACAUAAAAAUCCAAGUUUAUCCUAAUCAGAUAUGCAGAACUGGCCAACUGAAAAUAUUGAAAUUUUUUCAAAGUAAGAAUCAAGAAAGUUGACCGUUUUGUGUCUGUUUUUGAGACCUUAGAAAAGCGAUUUCCAAAAAUAAAUACUUUAAAACUGCAACAGGCUUAGACUUUAUAAAAAUCGUCACGAAUUUCGCCUUCAAUCAAUUAGACCCUUUACAAAACCUUCUGAAUUAUAUUCAAUAGAGCGCGGUUAGUAAAUACAGCUCCAGUAAAAUGUGAACGAAAAUCCUUGAUUUUUAUUAUAUUUCCUCUUUCAUUCAGAUCAAAAUCAUGUGCGCCAGGGACCAGAUGGAGAAGUUGACGAGCCAAGAUUUUCAGACAGCAAUCAAGGUUUUUUUUUGUUUGAAAAACUGUUUUUAUCUCUUUUGAAGCAACUCUACGAAUCGAAAGAAGGCAUGAACGAGUGGCAAUUGCGGCUUCUGGAGUGGUACCUUCUUGAGGUCACUUUUUUCCUAUUAAUCAGAAUCUUUUCUUUUUUUUAUAGUUUAUAAUCAGAUUUGAUCUAGAGCAGGAAAGAUAUUACUAGAUGUGAAAUCACUGUUUGAAGCGGUCGGAAAUUUAUGCCCCGUUUUGUAAAAUGUUUAAACUCUGAAAUUCAUCAAAAAAAAGUUUUCCAGUUUUUCCUUGAUUUUGAAAGAAGAAACCAUUUUUUUUUGUUUUUCAUCGAUUUCGAUUGAAACCUUUUUUGCACAUAAAUCAGAUUAUAAUGGAACCUUUUGGUACAAUCAAAUUACUUCUCAUUCAUUAUUCUGAGUAAGCGUUUUUAGAUCAAAGCCAGUGGAUUGGAUCGACAUGACGAAAAAACGAGGAAACUUUUGGGUUCCUGGAGCAGAUUCAUAGACGAGUAUCGCAGCAAAUACAUGUGAAUGCAUUGAUUCUUGUUGAUUUUUAUCGAUUCUAUCAAUAUUCCAGUACCGGUGUGAUGAGCACAAACGAUCAGAAUACGUACGUGAUCAAUGAAAAGAAAGUUCUGUCCGACGCUCCACCGCACGUUUUGCAAAAGUUGGCCAUUGAGAGGUGAUUUUUCGAAGAUAUCACAGUAAUUAACACUUUAAUAUCUAUUUUUCGGAAUUUUUAUAUAUGGGGCUGAAAAUGGUUGGAAUUUUAAUGGGAAACUUUGCAAAGAGCUUUUUUUGAUGCAGUGUUUUUUUUGUACAGUUGAAACAACUUUUAAGUAAAUAAUUCCUCACGAAAAAUAAUUUUUUUCAUUUGCAGCAAACCAAUUUUUUUCAAAGUCUUUAUGUUAACACUUAAAAAUUAUUGUAUUGAAUCAAAAAUUCUUUUUUUACAGCGUAAUUUCUCAAACUUUUUCAAAUAAAUUUACUUAUUGUUUGGAAUGUCUGAUUAAUCUGACUCACCAGUUUUUUUCUUUUUUUGAAGUCGAAAAAGUCUUUGGUUUUGAACGAAAAAAUUUCAGCGCCAAAUGGGAAUCUGGUCCGUGGCGAGGCCGAAUGACGCCGCACACGAUUUUCCCUUUCAUGCAGUACUGCUCUGAUCGCUCUCUUCGAGCAAACGCCUGGGAAAAAUGGACCAGCAAGGUUUUUUUUCCUAAAGAGUUUUCCGUGUUCGAAAGGACUUUUGGAAUUUCUAGUUUCGAUUGAAGUUUCCAUCAAUGUUUCUUCUAACUUCAGUUGUAUUCAGGCCGGAUUUGACCACGACUUUUACAAUAAUUCGAUCAACGUUGAAGAGUUGAGACAUAAUAAGUUGGUUAUCUUCGUUCAUUACGUUAGAUUCAAAAGACAAUGUUGUAGCGAAGGAUUGGCCAAAACAUUGGGUUAUUCUUCCGUCGCUGAACAUCGGUUGGCGAAUAAAAUGGCUGCGUCGCCCGAAACUGUGAGAAGCUUCAUAACAGCGUAUGUUUUGGCUUGAAAUUAGGAAAGUUUUAGAGGUCAUCUUUAUUACUGGGAAGUUCUUCGGAACUUUCCAUUCGUCUAUUUCAUUCGGGGAAUUGCACCAUGUUUUUUUUUCCAAUUUCUUUCUCGAAAUCUCCCACGUUGAAAAUUUCAUUUCAUUCAUAUAAGCUUACAAUCUUGAAAUUCGUUGAUUUUUUUUUGAUCAUUUCUUUAUGUUCAUGUUGAAUGACGUUUUCAGAGUAAAUACCGCGAAAUGCAAAAUUAUCUCUGAAUCUCCAAAACUCUGCUAUAUUUUGCUAUGUCUGAAGGCCAUUUGAGUUUCACGAAAUAAUAUUGAACCCGGUAUAACGUUUUCUUUUUUAUAAGGCAUCUUUUAUGAAAAAGAUAAUUCUGCACAAAGAGAAGAACAGAAAUGUUUUAAAACUUUGAUGAAGUGCCAGAAAAUCAUUUUGUUUUUUUUUCUCCUUUUUUCUACGAAAUUUUUAUAAGCUAUUGCUGUGAAAUAAUGUGAAAAUACCCACGAACCAUUAGUAGUUACUCCUAACAGCUGAGUACUACAAUUACCAGAAGAUACAAAAUCAUUGAAUUUGAGAUUCGUGCGACGAGUGCGGCCAGUGGUGAUCGACCGGAUGGAGUCCUGGUCGGCGUGGGCUCAGCGGAGCGAGUUGCUGCUCGGCGAGCUCCAGGCUCACGACAUGUUCUACGUCUGUCGCAAGGAGGCUGAACAGCACUACGAGUGCGGUUUCUUCCAGUUUCCUCCUUGAAAAUCGUCUGAAAUCUUUUAAAAGUAGCGGAGAACUAGGGUGAUUAGAAAGAGCCUAAAAGGAAAAAGACCAAAUUAUCUGAACGAACUUUGUUUGUCUAGAUUUCACUUCUGUCUCCCAGAGUGUAUGUUCUGUUCAGUGUCAAUGCCCUCGACCUGAUGAACCAUUUCCCAUUCUGGCCAACCUUCAAUAACAUCGUCAAUCUCGUCAGCCAUAUUUUCAGCCUAGAGUUCAAGGUUUCGAAUAAAAUCAUCGAUUCAAUUUUCAUUUUUUUUUUCCAGGAUAUCACGGAUACUGGAUUGGAACGAGCCCAUCAGGACGCCAAAAUUUUUGCAGUCGCUGAUAAAACUACUGGAAAACAUUUGGGAAGGUAAAGUCGGGUUGUUUUAUUGGUAGACUAGAAUUCAAUUAAGGCUAUAUAUUGACCCGUAUGAUCGGGAGAACAAGCGUGGCGGGUGGAACGUGAUGCUGGGAAGACGUAAUUUCAAGGGUUUUCGUUGAAAUGCAAUUCGUUUUCAGCUGAAAACAAAGAACGAGGCCUCGACAAACUUGUGUACUUUAUCGGCUCCGCGAUCGCGCCGACUCAGGACUCUCCAUCUGUUUUGCACUACCAACAAUUGCUACAGCUCCUGUUCAAUGUGAGAACAGAUCUCAGAGAAGGAUGUUUAUAAAAAGGAGAAGUUAUGAAAAAAGAUCUGAUAGAGAAAGCCUAAUUAAAAUGAAAUGAUUUGCUCCAUGAAUAAGGUCGACUUAAUUGAUAACUCUGAAAUAAGAAUCCGGAAAGGUUUUCAAUUUUUUUAAACUUCUGUCGUGUACACGUUAUUCUCAGAAAAGAUCAUUUUUCAGAAAUUUCGAAAAAUUAGGCGAGGAAUGCCUUGAUAUAUAUUUGCUGGGUUGAAUAUCUAGAGAGUAUAAAGCUACAAAAAUUGUAUUUUUUUUAAUUACGCAUCUCUUCACUAAAUACUUUGCAAGAAAAUGUAUUUUUCUGUCUUAGAAAAUGGAAAUCACGCAGGUUGCGACUUUCUUCUCCAAUACAUCAAAAAAAAGGGUUUGACCAAGGGUUAAAAUGUCAAAUCAUGUGUUAGAAAACAGAUUGCUUCUCAAAAACUAAUAAAAAGCUUCCGUGUUUAAUGAAAAACGUCUUUUCAGUUUGGUCGCAGCGUUCAGCUUCUGCUGUCGCAGUCGCCGUACCGCGACAUCGCGAUUCCGUGGUCGCCGUUCUACGCGAGCGACUGGGACGCCGCCGACAUGUUCCCCAUGUUCCUGCAGUUCUUCGUCUACAAACCCAACCUCCUGUCGGCCUUGAGCAGUCCUCACAUUGUUCAUCCUCUAUCUUCGUCUCAAAGUGAUAGAGCACCUUCCAGAGAACCGGCGAAACCUUGUCCGAAGAGAAGGCGAACAGCACGGCCUUGGCUCUGUCGAGAGCGACUCUUUGGGACACUUAUCGCACCCUUUUCUGGUCCGACUUCGACCUGACCGUCUACGAAAUGGAGGAUAGGAAGUAAGAAUUUAGAGAACUAUGUUCAAUAAAAAUAGCUUCCAAAGGUCUUUUUUUUGCGAACUUGUAGCAAAAAUUCCAAUUUUGCUGAUCAUUCAAGUGCUGGCCCGAAAGUAAAUCACAUGUUUCAGACAAAAGUUCUGGCUGGACAUCUACAAGGAUCUGUACACGGAGUACUUCCCAUUCAAGAGGAACAAGAACGAUUAUCAUCCCUGCUCAUUCAUCCCGAUAUUUGCCAUGCAACCGCACCUUGGAAUGUACUACCGCAAACUGUGGUCUGAGGUAGGUCUUUCUGGAAGAAACACCCGCCGAAAACAUCCUUUCCUUCAGAACAAAUAUCUUUUCUCUGAUUUCUAUUUCAGCGGAAUUCUCGCAUUUUCUGACAACUGAAAAACAUUGUUUCAAGAUAACUUCUUCCAGAUGUUGGCUCUGGACAUUCACGAGACUUUCGACGCGGAAAAUGACGAGGUCAAAACGGGAGAACGGCUGAAAACGGCGGUUCUUUUGAAGGGCAGCGGCGACGUCACCAAGGAGCUUUACCGACGGUUUCAGGUACGGAGAACCUUUAGAGUUUCUAAAACUGGAAAGUUCUGGGUUUUUGUCUUUUUCCCCUUGAAAUCCAUGAUAAAUUCCAUAUCUGCUUGUUCAGAUCCCGAAUCUGUUUUGCAGGGUCGAAAUCCGUCGGUCGGAGCAAUAUGCGAUUUCUACGACCCUCCUUCGAUGGCUCACAUUGAAGACGACGUUGAAGGGAUUCGGGAAAAAUCCCAAUGA